CAAGCGGCAGCGCGCGCGCGCGCCGAUGUCAUGUCAACUCUCGAGCUCGGGUUCGUGGCACUCGAGCUCGAGCAGUGGCGGGCCCCAUGUUUUUUUCGAUGGCUGGCCAGCCCACGGGCCGCUGCCGGGCGGCGCCACGGUGGUCGAGGACGACUCGGCCGCCAGCUCCCUCGCAGGCCCCGUCCUCUGGGCAGGACGCCGGCGGGGACCAGCAGGAAGCGCCGCAGGCCUCGGGGCCGGAGGCGGGCGGACAGCCGGCCGCGCGCACGCGCGCGCAGCGGCGCCGCAUGCAGCGCAAGCACAGGCGGGAGCACAUCGGCAGGCUGGUGACGGAGUCGUUCCAGACGGACCAGGGCCCAGCGCCCCGCCGCGGCGACGAGGGCCCUCCAGGACGAGCAGCGGCGCCGGCACCUCGCCCCUCCCCCGAAGGAGGCCCGCAGGGCGGCGGCGAGCAGCUCGGCCGCGUCGGCCUCUGGGGGGCCGCGGGCGGCGAGCCCCUCGGGCGGCUCCCCCGCCGAGCCGCGGGCCGCGGGCUCCUCGGGCGCAGCGGCGCCCUCCGAGGCCGCGGC